AUGGCACCAACACCACAUGGGCCGCUAGAUGUUUCUGGACGGGAUGCCGUGGUCGCAGCGAGGCUGGAUACAGCCGUCGAGGUGAUGGCUUUUUCUUUUGCUGUCAAGGAAGUAUCAUUAAUGGACCAAGGACUCAAUGCAAAACAACACAUUCUGCAGCUUGAACAAGAGAUAUCUCUCUUGAGUCGUUUGGAGCAUGAAAAUAUAGUUCAGUAUUUUGGAACAGAUAAGGAAGGUGGGAAACUAUAUAUUUUUCUUGAACUUGUUACUCAAGGAUCUUUGGCAGCUUUAUAUCAAAAAUACCGUUUGCAAGAUUCUGAACGGGUUGCACUAUCUACAUCAGCGGAAUGUUCUGCACAGUUACUUGACAAUGGCAAGUUUGAUACUUAUGAGCCCGCUUUUGAAAAUCAAGCUAGCUAG